UACGGUAAAAACGUCAAAAAUAUAAACUUGGGAUUUGUAAGCGUCUAAAUUACUUGGACAUUGUAUUUAGAUAUCAUUCGGCUUUUCGUCUCCUCUAUGGAUUCCUCGCCCUCCGCCGACAUGGAGGCGCUCAAGACGCUGUCAGCGCAGCCUCACCAGCACAUGUUCGCCUCCAUGCUGCAGUGGGUCCUGGAGGUCGGGCCGCUCUUCCAGACGCUCAUCGAGACGCAGACGCCCCGCGGCAUCUUCCGGCGUCACAGCAGCUCGUCCAAAAAGAAGCAGAAGAAAGACAAGAAACGCGCCAAUUUCGCCACAACCCCGUCCGACAACAGCCUCACGCAGACGGAACACGCAGAUCUCCACCAAUUAUCGCCGGACAUGGCGACUGCGCUCUUCCACCAGGUCGUGGAGAGCUGUCGUGAGUUUAUGGCUACAUUCUCCAAGACGCACAAGUUCGUCUUCCACCUGGCCAGUAUGAGACGGAUGUACUUGGAUUUAGUAGCCAUAGGAACAAAUCUGGAUCGCGCUGUGCUCUGUGCGGGUCUAAAUGCUAAAGUUAACGCCCGGGACUGGAAGAAACAACUCGACGCGGAUAGAGAGAAAGAGGAGGAAGAAUUGAGUGCAAGGGCGGCUAAAAACGCUCUACCGUUCGCACGCAACAUGUUGCCACACGAGCCCAUGGAGGCCUUGACGCUAUUAAAGUUCGAGAUCGACUUUUUCACGCCGGGAAACACCGCCAAACAUGUGGCUAGUAUGAAGAAGGUCUUCUUCUCUGUUGUACGCUCUUCGAACGGACGUGUAGCAAAGAUCCCGGACUGGUAUAUCCCUCCGUAUGCGGUGAAUUAUUCACGGGACAAAGUCAUGUAUGGGUCCGUGGGGACAGCCCAUCGAGGUGUCUGGAUCGACAGGAAGCCCAAAGAUGGCAAGAAACCUGCCAAAGAUGAUAAAUCCGCGGAACAACCUCCCAAGACUUAUAGAGUCGUGGUCAAGCGGAUUUUUAUCCAUGCGGAUGCUAUUGAACUUUUCCGACAAGAAGUGGAGGCCUGGUUCGCCAUGGAUCAUCCCAAUGUACUGAAAUUGUACGGCGCUUCACAUUGUAGUCGCCCUGCUCUUCUGGUGUGUGAAGAUGCCACAAAUGAGUCGCUAGUUAAGUAUCUGACUAGCCAACGCCAAGUUCAGGCGGACAAGAGAUGUAAACGAGGUCAAGCUGAGCAACCGUGGCCGUAUCGGAACCAGCGCCACGCACUGUGGAGCUUGUUUCUCCAAGCUGCCAACGGCUUGAAAUAUCUGCAUGAAAACCACAAAUUGGUGCACGGCAACUUGAAAAGUGACAAUAUUCUAGUCACUGCCGAUGGUCAAGUGAAGUUGACGGACUUUGGGCUCGGUAUACUGGCGCUGCAGAACCAGGCGAUACUGGAUAAUACUUUCCACGAACUUGGUUCGAGAGCGCCCAAUUGCUGGAAGCACAAGAAGCUACUGCGUCGUCCUUCUUUCCAAGACGAUAUCUAUUCAUUUGGAAUGUGUGUCCUGGAUGUUCUGGUGCCUAAAUUGUCGUCUAUUGCGCCUGAAGAGAAGGCGUUGAGACGUGUGGGUGAUGAAGACUUCGAGCCACUCGAGAAGAGCGUGUUGGAGCUCAUUUGUGAUGACACACAUAGGAAACUGAUUGAAGACAUGUGUAAGCCCAAGCCGGAAGAGCGACUGAAGCUGGCCGAUGUGAUCGUACGCAUGGAAGAAAUGCGCGCUGCUGCUGCAAGUGAACCCGUGGAUUCGAGCGAUUGCUGCAUGCUUUAAGAGUGCAGGAAGGCGCGAGAUUUUAUUUUUUUAUUAGUUUGAACAAUACGUAAGUACCUUGGUCAUUAUUGAUGCGCAUGGAAGCGUGAAUAAUCACAAGUCUGAAGUACAAUAGCACCCGUGGAUAUUAUAUUGUUGAGAGUAUGCAUGAAGAAGCGGUGGAUGCCUUCGCCUAAAUCAUUCCCCUUGUAUUAUCUUCGAAGCCAUUUU